AUGUCUGGCUCAAGGAUGUGCUCUAUAGUCGUGCUUCAUCAGUGGAGUCUGGCUGUGUUCUUGCUGUGCUCCCCGGUGACUCUUGAUGGGAGACCAGCUGAUGCACUUAGUAAUAGAACGAAGAGGUCAGUAGGCCACGCCCAGCUGAUGCACGACAAGGGCCGCACCAUACACGAGUACACGCGCCGCAUGUGGCUGCACGAGCUAUUGGAGGAGGUGCAUACUGCUGAUGAGCGUGCACCACCUGCGCAAAGCAGAACCUUGAGCCAAACCUUCAGUGGAAAUCAUCAGAAGCCCUCAGGGGCCACCAAAGACCUCUCUGACAGGUUGAGGGAGGACAGAUUGGGCCCUAACCUCCCACAGGAGACUAACAAAGCUCUGGCCUAUAAGGAGCCUCUAAAAGUUGCCACCAAGAGGAAAAAAAAGGUGAGGUUGGGCCGGCGUAGAGAAAAUGACAAGAAGAGGAGGCGAGCACGGUCUGUCAUAACAAAGGGCCUGUGA